AUGAAUCUUCGAGAAUUCUCUUCGGAAAAUGAGAAAUUUAUGGAAAGCCUGUCAAAAGGAGAUCGACAGGAAAAAGAUUAUAUUAGAAUCCUAGGAAUUGAUAGGGAUCGUCGCGGAGAUCUGAUUGUGUUGCGAACUUGCGAACUGCCUAUGGCUGGAGCAACCGAGAGAGCAAUUCUGAGUGCCAUUGCUUCGAUUUAUGAUCCAUGUGGGUGGAUGUCUCCGAUUACGUUGCCAAUAAAACACUUUUUGCAAGAACUUUGGGCUAGCGGGACAGAUUGGAAUCAAACACUGAAUGAAGAGCAAGAGAGACAGUGGGCUCUCAUUGCAAAUGAGCGGAAACUGUUAAACAGAAUAACAACGAGAACACUUCCUGCGUUUGUCGAUGAAGCAUAUGCUGUGGUUGUCUAUGUGACUGGGACACAAGGAGGGCAGAUUAUUUUCGCUAAAAACAGAAUCGCACCGCUGAAAUCGUUGACUAUUAGGUUGCAGCCUCCAGGUCAGUCCUGGAGGGGCAGAUGA